AUGGUGAGAUACAAAGACUUGAGUAAUUUAAUCAGUUCCUCGGGCAUCACGAUGCAGAUCAAGUGCGGUUCGGGGCUACGGCAGUUCGUGAGGAAAGCUAGUACGAUACAGAAUAUAGAUUACGCCAACAGGUCGUUGAAGUUGCCUGAUGGUGCCGUCGUCUUCAGUCUCAUACAACCAACGGGAAAAUUCCAUCUGGGAAAUUACCUCGGAGCUGUCCGUGUAUGGACAGAGCUCUCCGAGGAUGCACCAGCGGGUGGGAAGUGUAUCUUCGGGACGGCGGACCUGCAUGCCAUCACCAUCCCGAAGCCUGACGGCAAUGCAUUUCGCCAGAUGAGACAUGAAGCCAUUGCAUCUCUGCUUGCUGUUGGCAUAGACCCUACCAAGUCCAUUCUCUUCCAUCAGUCGCAAGUGCCGGAGCAUGCAGAGCUCUGCUGGUACUUGUCGACGCUGACUUCGAUGGGCGCGCUGAACCGGAUGACACAGUGGAAGACCAAGGCCAACAUUAAGGACACCAGCUCGGAGAAAGUCGGAGCUGUAAAACUGGGGCUGUUCACGUACCCCGUGCUGCAAGCCGCCGAUGUUCUGCUAUACAAGUCUACGCAUAUCCCGGUGGGCGAAGACCAGGUGCAGCAGCUGGAGUUGACGCGCCAGCUGGCGCAGGCAUUCAACAGCACUUAUAAGACACGGUACUUCCGCGAGCCCACUACGCUGCUGACACCCACCAGGAAGGUGCUGAGCCUUCAGAACCCCCUGAAGAAGAUGUCUAAAAGCGACGCUAACCAAAAUUCGUGCAUAUGUGUCACAGACGAGCCGGAUGCCAUCAGGCGGAAGAUCAGGAGCGCGGUCACUGAUUCGAUUGGCCAUGAGUUUAAGUAUGACCCAGAGGGCCGCCCUGGUGUAUCUAAUCUGAUUAACAUCGUAGCUGGCAUCCAGAAGAAGACUAUCGCGGCGGUGGAGGCAGAUAUUGCUGGAUUUAAGGACCACGCAACUUUUAAAAACUAUGUUACAGACAUCCUAGUAGCUGAGCUGAGGGGGCCCAGAGAGGAGUUUGCCCGCUAUAUGAAUGAUAAAUCAUACAUAUACGAGGUUGAGCGCAAUGGGGCUGAGCGAGCAGGUGCCAUAGCUGCUAAAACCCUGGCAGAAGUCAGAGCGAUAAUGGGUUAUUAG